UCCGCGGCUCGCUGUGUCGGGUCAUUCGCGGUAACCUGACAGUGAGACCAGGAUGGCAGGACGACUUCUCCUUCGAACUUGUACAAAAACAUUGCAGCUGAGGAGCUAUGUGUUGGCUACACGGUCACACCGAGCCAUGGGCACUCUGAAAGGCAUACCAACAGAUGAGGAACAGGCUGCUGGAUUGGAGAGACGUGUCCUGCAGGCCUUUAAACAGGGAAAGGAUCCCUACAGUAUACUGAAGCAAAAGCAGUAUGGUGGAACCAAGGAAGAUCCUCAUAUUGUACCAUGCAUUGGAACCCAGAGGCUGGUGGGCUGCGUGUGUGAAGAAGACAACACUGCUAUAGUGUGGUUCUGGCUUCAUGAGGGAGAUUGCCAGCGCUGUCCUUCCUGUGGUUCCCACUACAAACUGGUCCACCACGAGUUGCCCCACUGAAACUGAACUCAACACCAAAAAGCUCUGUAUAAAUGGUGUAUCGUACCUAUUUGCCUUCUUCAUGGCCAUAUACUUGCAAUGUCUGCAUAUCAUUUCAUGUGUACAGUGUAGCAUUAAAAUGUGUGCCUGAA